UUGUAUCUCAGAUCAGGGAGAAAAGAGGAAUGAGUGUGUCCACACCAUAUAUUAAGAUUCAAGAGUAGUAGCAGCUUCAUUCAUUUGUACUUAGGUAUUGAUAUAAGGUGAUGUUAUCGUGCUAAGCUCUUUCCUGAUUUUUUUGGUUCUGAUUUUUGCAGCUGCCAUUCCCCAAGCGCCUAUCCCACAAGGUAACUCUCUUCCACUGAAAGUAUAACCUGUAAAGGGUGGAAUCAUGGUGAUAAUUCAUAAAAGUAGAAUAGACGUCUGUUGUCCUGCCUGCAUGAGGGGAAGGAAGUGGUGGGACGGAGCCCUCACAAGUAGAUCGAUUGUCUGCAUCUUAGUUGGGCUGGUUUGCAUGACAGGAAGCUGGGGAGAGCAGUAAGGACGUGUCACUGGACACCCCACACCUGCCAUGUACAUAUCCAAUCCAUUUCCAGCCUCACCUACAGUCUUAGGGUCCUACCUACCUGUCACACAUCUUUCCUCCUCCCUCACUCCCUCUCAGGGUACAGCCACACACCAGCCAAGCCGCAACCAUGUCUACACCAGCAUGAUCCCUUCCCAUUUUGUGAUUCACUUUUGAGCUUGCUGGAAUUCUGGAUUCUAUACUCGAGAAAAUGCAAGUUGCAUGCCUGAAGAAUCCAGCCCCGGCUCUCUCGUUUGUUUUCACAGGAGGAAGUCACUUUUGUGGGGGAGUCAUUUCAAGUCUGUCGGGCUCCUUCUACAGUCCUUGGUAUCCAACAAACUAGCCCAGUGACGUGGAGCGUGUCUGGGUGAUACACCUGGCUGAGAAGUUCCACGUAGAGCUGACAAUCCCCAGCCUGAAAUUAGAGGACAUCUGUGGGUGACCUUACGACUUCAUCGAAGUGUUCGAUGGACAGCAGGUUGCCUCGCUCUCCAUGGGCAGAUUCUGUGGCGGGGCAGGGCUCACGUCCGGCUCCUCGUCAAACAUCCUGACCGCAGUGUUCAGAAGCGACGCCACGCUCACCAGCACAGGGUUCCUUGCCCCGUACAAUGCCAUUCAGCAGGACGAAAGGGAGAGUGACGCGGCCCUGAGACUGGGGGACGGCAGUCACAGGUGUGAGGGCCGGGUGGAGGCCCUCUACAAUGGCACCUGGGGCACCGCGUGUGACGACAGCUGGGACCUGAGGGACGCCAGGGUCGUGUGCCGGCAGCUUGGCUGUGGCGCGGCCUUGUCAGCCCCGGCACAGAGCUACUUUGGUGGAGGCACUGGCCACGUCAUGCUGGACGAUGUGCAGCGCACGGAGAAUGAAGCCAGGCUGCGGCAGUGCACGCACAACGGCUGCUUCUCCCACAGCUGCAGACACCCAGCCGGCGUCGUCUGCUCAGUGGUCUUCCACAGCGACGCCAUCGUCACCAGCGUCGGCUUUUCUGCAUCCUACGAGUCCCUUGUGCAAGACGAGAACCAUACUGAUGUGGCACUCAGGCUGGCCAACGGCAGCCAGAGGUGUGAGGGCCGCGUGGAGCUGCACUUCAACGGCAGCUGGGGUACCAUGUGUGACGAUAGCUGGGACCUGCAGGACGCCGAGGUGGUGUGCAGGCAGCUGGCCUGCGGCGGGGCGGGGUCUGCCCCCAGGAGGGCGAGAUUCGGCCGAGGCCUGGGCCCCAUCACCCCAGAUGACGUGGACUGCGUGGGGACCGAAGCCAGGCUGUGGCAGUGUCUGCACAGCGGCUGGUUCUCCCACAACUGUGGCCACCACGAGGAUGCUGGCAUCGUCUGCUCAAGUGGGCCUGAUGCCGAGGCCGGGGGCUGUGGGACCUUGAAGAAAUCUCUGAACUUCUUCAUGCCUCGGUUUCCACCUCUGGCCAAGGAGGAGGAGGAGGCUCGGAAAAACCCCAGCAUUACUGUGGGAGAAAACGGCCCUGCCGGAAGUGCCUUCCUCCGCAGCCUCAGGCCGCACAAAAGGCUGCUGCUGGAGGGGCCUGAUGAUGUCCAGGUUCACCUAGAAAAUCCGUGGCUGAAAAGUGGGUCGAGCUGGUGUGAGGGCCGAGUGGAGAUCUACCACGCCGACACCUGGGGUACUGUGUGUGAUGACAGCUGGUCCAUCGAGGAUGCCCACGUGGUCUGCAGACAGCUUGGCUGUGGUCCAGCCAUGUCUGCCCUCCCGGGGGCCAGCUUCAGCCCCAGGGCCGGCAGCAUCCUUCUGGACAAUGUCAACUGCAUAGGCAGCGAGUCCUCACUGGGGCAGUGCCCUCACAGCGGCUGGUUCACCCACAACUGCAGGCACCACGAAGACGCUGGCGUCAUCUGCUCAAUCACAGGGCGCUACCUGAUCUUCAACAUUCCCUAUGGCCGCUGUGGCACCGUCCAAGAGGAAAGCCUCGGCUCUCUCAGCUACUCCAACUCCAUCAGAGGCCGAACACAGGGCCACCGUGGCCAAGACACUGUACGGCACAAAGUGCCUCAGCUCAAGUUCACCUGCAAGGUGGACGGCCCAUUAGCAGUUGAAAUUGUCCCUGGGGCUGACGUCCCAAGGGAGAAUGCCAGCUACGAUGUGUCCUUAUCAUUUCUCGAGUUGCCCACGUCCCAGCACGUGGGGAGCAUGCGGCCGCACUACACCAGCCAGAGGAAAGAGGUCUUCCUCCAGGUCACACUCCAUAGCCCCAAUCCCUGCCUGUGGCUCUUUGUGGAUACCUGUGUGGCUUCUCCAGAUCCUGGUGAUUUUACAACUGUCAAGUACGAUUUGAUCCGACAAGGGUGCAUCAAAGACAAUACUUAUGUCAACCUCCACUCCCGAGAGAAGAACAUAGCCCAGUUCAAGUUCAACGUCUUCAGCUUUCUCACCAGCUAUGAUGUGAUCUAUAUGCAGUGUAAAGUUGCCAUGUGCAAAGUGGAGGACCACGCCUCCCGCUUCUCCCAGGGCUGUGCAGGGCAGAGUAAGAGGGGCACAGGCCCCAUGGAGGCCACAGUAGAGCACACUGAGUAUUUCCAAAUGGUGGGGCCACUGGAGAUCCACAAAGGAACUGAUCGAAGAAAGACCUUUGUGUGA